AUGCUGACUACGUCUCGCAGGACCAACAACAGUCGAGGCCGUCUUGAUGCAGUAGAGAGGAGUCCUCAAGACCAAGCUCGGCCCGAAUCCUUCGCGAUUCCACGCUUCCAUAUUGAAGCCCAGAUGACGACCAACACCAAGACGUUUAACAGCGGGACCCACUCCAAGCUGCUGCAUUAUACUAACCUAGUCAUUGUGCAGAAGGACGCUGAAGAGCACAAAUGGGCGUGGUGCCGCCAGAAGAUUAUUGGGCUAUAUUGGGAGCAGAAUCUCCCGCUUAAGCAAAAACAGGUGGUUCCCAGCCCAGCCCGUCUCAAGGCCCCUGAUGGUCUCGAGAAUUUCGAAAAGACGCUCUACAAUGCCGAGGUCUACCUCCACUUCACAAUGAAUCGGAGCAGCGCAUGGCUGGCCAGCAGAGCAGAGCUUGGGGAAGACGACAAAUUUUUUCCAUUGUUUAUUGGCGGCCUAGAAAAUCUCUCCCGCGAUCACGAGCCCCACAGGGCAUUUGCAGACAUUAGAAAGGCAUUCGAGCACUUGACAGGACUGGUCGCCUUAGACGACGCGGCAAUCUAUCACAGACUAGUGGCGCGCUUCUCCUCGUUCGAGAAGUACCCACAGUCUGACAUAUGUUUCAAAGUUUGCCGCCUGCUUACGAGGUGCCUGACUGCGAUGUACCUCGAGACUCAUGGGCCCUCUCAUCCUCUGAACUGCGUUUGGUCGUCACAUAUUGAGGUGCUCGAGUCCCGGCCCGAGCCGGGCCUCUUUGAUCACUACCUCGAGUCGUUCAGGACCUUGGGCCAGAAACUCUACGGCAGCAAAAAUAGUCUCAAUAUCGGCUCGACAGACCUAGCAAAAUAUAUUACCAGCGACGCCCGAGACUGGGACGAGGAAGCCUUGCGGCGCGGUCUUGCAGAGCCAGCAUCCCACGCCUCGCCGGCGCCGGUCGCGCAGGAAAUCAGGCUAGCCCUUACGGAGCUUCUACUACGCCAGAGGAGGGCAGGAGAAGCCACACAACUCCUCGGCGAAGCGUCAGCUCUUAGGGACUCGGACGCAGCAGGUGAUGCGGGCCAAGUCUUCUGGAUGGCGGAGCUAGAGUGGAGGGCCGGUAACGCGGACGCCAGCUUCGCCUUGCUAAGAGAGGCGCUCCAGCUUGCCGACUCUCACCAAAGCCUGCCGGGGCUAGCCAGUGGUGCACGCGAGGAAGAAGGUGGGCUCUCGACCCUACACAUCCUGCUCACUCUGAUCUUCAGGUUGAACCUGAUGGACCGCAAGCAGGAGACCGCCGAGGCGUGGGCGAAGGCCGCGCCCCUCGUAGCUACGCGUGGAGAUAGGAAGCCAUUCAUACUCCACCUCACCACUUCCGAUUUUGAGUUCGAUCUUGACACCCGAAUCACAGCGGCCCUGAGGCCAUCGUCGCUGCCCAUGGCUGUAUCUACGGAUUGGAACAACGGAUCCGCAAGUCACGACGACAUCGAGCUCAGGGAAAGCCGCGGCGGCGAUGGCUGCGCUGAGGAAGGCGCUCGCCUGCUGCCGCGCCAUGAGCUCGACGGGGACGUGCAGCCGUCAAGGCGCAGGGGGGACGACGCAUCAAAUCGUGACCUGAGCAAGGGGAGCUGGCUCUCAGGUCCCCGAACACUGCGAAAACAGGCCAUUCUGCCAAUCUUCCCCGAUCUUCAGUCGUCUCCGGCCAGGUUCCUGAACCGCAUAUGCCCUACCGCCCGGGCCAGGAGGCGGAUGCAGUUCGCUGUCAUUGCGAUAUGGCUACUUCUAUUCACCAUUCCCCUGGUUUGGAGCAGUCUCCCUACAACGGAUGAAGCUGGCCAAGAAGUCGUGAACCUCGACUGUAUCGACACUCUAUGGAAGUGGAAGAAUGAGUGUGGGCUGAACGGUAUAGACUGUCGCCCUUUCUCCAACAAGACCCUUGCUUUCAGAUGUCCAGUGGGAUGUAGAGACGUCAAAGUGCUCAACUCACGCCUCAUCGGGGCUUCCGAGGUUAUAUUCCAGCCCUUGGUUAUUGGGGGCCCUGCUUACCGCGGCGACUCCUUCAUUUGCGCAUCCGCCAUUCACGCUGGCAUCAUCAGCGAUGCAGGCGGUGGUUGUGGCCGACUCGACAGAAUAGGAAGGCGCGAGGCCUUCCCAAGCUCACAGGGCCAGGGCAUCGAGUCUAUUGCCUUCGACUCCUACUUCCCCGUGGCUUUCACCGUGUCCAAGGAUCCGGGCAUUCAGUGUGGCCCAGGCGAGUUUCGUGGAUUCCUCUUCUUCGUAUCAAUACUGUUUACUUCAUUGCUCUGCAUCUUUACUACAUCUGAGCGUCACUUUUUCCUCAUAUUUGUUGCAAUCUUUAUGCACGUCGGUCUGGUAUCGGAUCCGCCCGGCGCCUCCACCUAUAACACUUCGACCCUCCCGGACCACCUUUCCAAGACUGUUGCCAGACUUCUCCCGGCUAUUUUCUGUGCCAUGGUGAUUUAUAGAUUCAUCGUGGCAAGGACUUUGACAAACAUCCAGGCACCCCUCGAGAAGACUGCUCUCUGGCUCGGCGGCUUCUGGUUUGGAGCGCUGUCCAACCUGACCUUCGAGUGGAUCCCCAUCACGCGCCUCACAGCUCACGACUUGGAGCAACGAUCUGGUGCGAAAUUAGCUCUUGCUUUCAUCAUCGUCGCAAUCUCGUGUAUUGUCGUUCAGCAGGCAUACUCGCUCUGGCUAGAGGGCCGUCUCAUGCGCUAUCUCGGCAUUUACGCAGCCUUCAUCAGUGGGAUUCUUUUGUGCCUCAUGAUACCCGGCGUCGAGUUUCGACUCCAUCAUUACGUUCUUGCACUACUGCUCUUGCCCGGCACGAGCAUUCAGACACGGCCUUCACUGCUUUACCAGGGCAUUCUACUUGGCCUCUUCGUCAACGGUAUUGCCAGAUGGGGAUUCGCAUCCAUCCUGGAGACCCCCGAUUCCCUCCGCUCGGACGGUGCUUUUGACUCCUUGAUACCGUCCGUCGCAGCAUCCGCCGUGGAUAUGGAACACAUCUCUUUCGCUUGGGCCCAGCCACCAGUCGGGUCUGCAUUCGACGGUAUCAGCAUCCUCGUCAACGAUGUCGAACGAUAUCGGUCGUUCUUUGCCGAGAGAGGAGCCGUCGCCAUCAUCGGCGGCAUCCCCGCGUUGGCUCAAGUCACGGAGGCGGCGUACGUGUGGCCGUCGCAGUACGAUGAGAUCGAAGACAUACUCUCCUUGCAGACGGGAUACCGCAGCAGGGGGUUCGUCCAAGGCGUGACCCCGUGCUCUUUUGGCGGCAACAAUGCCGGCCGCCAGUUCGCCGCAGAAUGGAUCCGCACCGCCUUCCACGACGUCGCGACGACGGACGUGGCCGCGGGCACGGGCGGGCUGGACGGCUCCAUCUGGUUCGAGCUCGACCGCGCCGAGAACGGCGGCUCGGCCUUCAACAGCACCUUCAACUUCUUCGCCAACCUCUACUCGAUCCGGGCCUCGGCGGCGGACCUGCUGGCCAUGAGCGUCGUUGUCGCCAACGCGGGCUGCGGCGGCGCGCGGAUGCCGUUCCGCGCGGGCCGCGUCGACGCCCUCGAGGCCGGCCCCGCGGGCGUGCCGGAGCCCGACACGCCGCUCGAGACGACCCGGGCCAGGUUCGCCGGCGCCGGGUUCAGCGGGGCCGACAUGAUCGCGCUCGUGGCGUGCGGCCACACGCUCGGCGGCGUGCACAGCAGGAACAACCCGCACAUCACGGGGCUCGACCCGCCGCCCGACACGGUGACCAAGUUCGACAGCACCUUCGACAGCUUCGACAACCGCAUCGCGGCCGAGUACCUGCGCGGCAACACGACGAACCCGCUCGUCGCCGGGCGGAACGCGACGCUCAACUCGGACGGGCGCAUCUUCGCGUCGGACGGGAACGCGACGGUCCGGGAGCUCGGCCGCACCAACGACGGCUUCAGGACGGCGUGCGCCGACGUAUUCACGCGCAUGAUCGACACGGUCCCCGCGGCGGUGCGGCUGACGGACCCGAUCGAGGCCGUCGACGUCAAGCCGUACGUCGAGCUGGCGCCCGCCGGGAACGGGAGCAGCAUCACGUUCAGCGGCUGGUUCGAGGCGGCCGUCCCCGCCGCGAGCGGCAUCGGCGGGUUCCUGGUCCACCUGACGACGCCCUCGACCGGCUCGACGGCGGUGCACCGCAACGGCGACGGCGGGCAUUACCCCCUGGACGACGCGCUGCUAUACCGGGCGUCGGCGUCGUGCGUGAACCGGACGAGCGUCGCCAACGAGCGCACCUUCACCGUCACGGCGGCGGUGCGCGAGGACCGCGCCGCCGACCCGCUGACGAUGGACGUCGUGCGCCUCGUGCGCCGCCAGGGCGUCGUCCACCGCCGACUUGAGGCGGAGACGGUCGAGCUCGUGCCCACGGGCGGGACCGCGGGCAGUUACGUCGUGUUCCAGGGCCGGACGCAGCUCGCGACGAGCGGUUGGAGCACGAGCUUCGACCUCGUCUUGGGAGCUGGAGGGGAGGACGAGGUCCGCAUCGACUUUCUGAAGACGCAGAGCUGCCCGCGUGCAUAA